GUUAAAUAGAAUUCCAAAUAAUUCAUAAAAAAAAAAAAAAGGAAUUCCAAACAUAAGCUAAGGCUAUCUCAGUCGGCGGCCGGCAAGCAAUAGAAUGAGCAGUCGGCGAGGGCCACCGAAGCAUCAAAACCACUAUGCCUGGAAGCCAAACGCCGGCAUUAAAAUCAACGAGACGGAAGUUGGAGGGAAGCUAAGGCCUUUCUCUGAAAUAACCGGAGUGUGUCCUCGAUGUAAAGAACAAAUUGAUUGGAAACGCCGUUACGGCAAAUAUAAACCCUUAGCUGAGCCUGCUAAAUGUCAGCUUUGCUCGAAACGUAAUGUGCGCCAAGCUUAUCAUAAUCUUUGUUCUGGAUGUGCUAAGGAGCAAAAAGUAUGCGCAAAGUGUCGUUGUCGUGUUGAUCAAAUAGUUGGAAGGGACUCUGCCGAUGUUGAAGAAGAGCAAAAGAUGCUUGAGGAGGCAAUAAAGAAUGCUCGAGAAAGGGAUAGGAGGACACUAUUACGUGCUAUGAGCAAAAGUAAAUCCAAAGGUUCAUCAAAAACCACAACCAACAAAGAAAAUGGUAGGGUGGGUGAAAUAUUUCCUUCAACAUCCCUUGAGGAAUAUGCCAAGCUAGGUAGAAAAGAUGAUGGCAAUCAUGAUGAUUGCUAUGACUCUGGGAAUGAUGAUAUUAACGACCACGAUGACAAUGAAAAUGAUAACGAAGACAACGAUGAGGACUGUGAGGAUGGUGAAGAUGGUGACGAUGAACCAAGUGUGUAACUGAGAUGCACAUUGAUUACUAUGAUUUUCAGAUCUGCAUUUCUUGUGUGGGUCUCAGAUCAUCAGAUAGUUCUGUGAAAUGAAUUUUUUGCCUCUUUGAAUUACCAGAGUCUCAUUGUCCAUUGCAGCAAAAUCUGGAUAAGAUCCCUUCUCCCCUAAAAUGUCUGAAGGAGCCAUGUGCUUCGUUUCACAUCAGUAUUUGUUUUUUUUUUUUUAUUUGAGGGAGAAGGAAUCUGGGAAUACAUUAUCUGCCACCAAAAUCUCCUACAUUUUGCUUGACCUUUGUCCAAACCAUGUUCAGCUCAGUCAUCACUACAUGGUAACAGCUCUACUUUAACAGUGGUUGUAUUUUGGCUUAAGUUUUGAUCGGAACACAUGCCCUACGGCUUGGGGUCAGAAGUUCUGUUGGUUCUAGAAGUCCAAUGAACUUGUUUCUCACUAAUUUGUAACAAGAAAUGUCAACUUGCUAGAA